AUGGGAGCUUCCGAAUCGCGGCUUCGCGUCGACGACUCGGACGAUGCGCCCAAGCAAGGCUACCACGUCGUGCGCGUUGCAGCCGGUUCGCCCGCACACCUUGCUGGCAUCGAGCCGUUCUUUGACUUUUGCGUGGGCAUCGACGGUGUUGCGCUCGAUCCGACCAAGGAUGUCGACGGUGCUGGCGAUACCACUGGCCUCGGCGCAUGGAAAUCGCUCGAAGAGCGUGAGGGCACCCAAGUCGUCCUCAACGUGUGGAACUCGAAGCGACAACAGCUUCGUCAGGUGCCCCUGGUUCCAUCGCGGCAAUGGUCCUCGCAACCGUCGACGAGCAGUAUCAAUGGGACCAGUUCCGAAGCCACAUCACAGCCCUCGUUGCUAGGACUCUCGUUGCGGCUUUGUAAUCCGUCGCAGGCGCUUUCGCACGUCUGGCACAUUUUGGAGAUCCUCGAAGGCUCACCCGCCGAAUCGGCAGGUUUGGUGCCAUUUGGCGACUUUGUCAUCGGCUGGCCAGGUGGAGUGCUUCAGGCAGAAGGCGACUUUUACGAGCUGGUGGAAGCACAUACCGAUCGUGCAUUGCGGCUGUACGUCUACAAUUCCGACUACGACCAUACGCGCGAAGUGAUCAUCGUCCCCAACCGCGAAUGGGGCGGUGAAGGCCUCCUCGGUUGCGGCGUAGGAUACGGCCUCCUCCACCGCAUCCCCAAACCACAAGACCUACCCCAAGUCCCGCCAGAGUUGGAAGGCCGUGAUGCAGUACCUGAGGACCAGCUCCAAACACCACGAAUCGGUGGACCGCCAUCCGCUUUUGCUACGCCGUCAAAUAGCAGGCUGGAAGAAGACGAAUUCAGCACCCCACUCGCAAACCCAUCCUCGAGAUACACUUCGUCCUAUUCGGGUCGCCCAGAUCCAGAAUUCGCAGAGCAGGACGAAGACGACUACGAAGCAAACACCAGCGGCGUCACCGUCAGCAUGCGUCACGACGAAGAAGACGAAGAAGACCUCUAG